CAAGUGGAGAUUUAUCAAGGCAUCCACUGCUUCAUCAAACGCAGCAGCAUCUUCAGGCAUCGAUCCAUGACGGCAGCGACGCUCUCCGUCCUCCUGCUUCUCGUCGCCGGCGUUUACACCGUCACGGCGCAGGGCAGGGGUGGCGCGCCCGGAGCUCUGCGGCCGCAGGUGGUGGACGUGGGGGUGAUCUUGGACAGGAAGACAUGGGUGGGGAAUAUCAGCUGGACGUGCAUCGAGCUGGCUAUGGAGGACUUUUAUGCUAGCCCUCGGCACGCUGGCUACAGCACCAGGCUGAAGCUCCACCUCAGGGACACCGGCCUCGACGCCGUCAGUGCCGCAGCCGCAGGGGUUGAUCUACUGAAAAACGUCGGCGUGCGGGCGUUUGUUGGGCCGCAGACUGCAACUCAGGCUAAGUUCCUUGCGCAUCUUGGGAACAAAUCAUCGGUUCCUAUCAUUUCAUUCUCUGCAGAUUGCCCGUCGCGAUCGGGACUAACUCCAUACUUCAUCCGUACAGCGUGGAACGAUUCCUCUCAAGCAGAAGCUAUUGCUGCACUUGUUCAGAGAUACAAUUGGAGGGAAGUCAUCCCUGUAUUUGAGGAUGACGAUUCCAAUAUCAAAUUCAUUCCUGACCUUGUUGACGCCCUCAGACAAGUUGACACCCGUGUCUCGUACAGGUGCAAGAUCCUUCCUUCAGAUAAAGAGGAUGAUAUCAAGAGAGCUAUCUCGAGUUUAAGAGACCAUUGGACAAGUGUAUUUAUUGUGCGUAUGUCAAAUACGUUAGCCCUAAAGUUUUUUCAGCUUGCUAAGGAUGAAGGGAUGAUGGGUGAGGGCUUUGUCUGGAUUACCGCAUAUGGCUUGACAGAUAUCUUUGAUGUGGUUGGCUCUCCCGCUCUUGAUUUGAUGCAAGGAGUCCUUGGGGUGAAACCUCAUGUUCAAGAUACUAUGGAACUUCAGAACUUUAGACAGAGAUGGCGCAAGAAGUACCGAUCAGAAAAUCCAGGAACCUCAUUAACUGAACCCACAUUGUUUGGUCUCUAUGCUUAUGAUACCAUAUGGGCCCUAGCAUUAGCAGCAGAGGUGGCUGGAUUUGUGAACUCAGACUUUGGGCUGCCUGUAAACAAUGGGUCCACUGACUUUGACAGAAUAGAUACUUCAAGGUCUGCUAAAAAAUUGCGAGAUUCAAUGUUGAAAGUUAAUUUUUCGGGCAUGAGCGGAAAAUUUCAGAUUAAAGGCAUGCAGUUAGCAUCAGUAAAUUACACUAUAAUCAACAUCGUUGGUCGGAAGGGAAGAGUGGUCGGUUUCUGGAAUCCAGUGUCUGGCAUCUCUAGUAGUUUAUGGCCAGGUGACAGUGAUACUCGACCUAGAGGUUGGAUAUUGCCAUGGAAUAAAACUCUUAAGAUAGGCGUACCUGUGAAAGGUGGGUUUGGUGAAUUUGUAAGAUUUGAAGGUGAGCUCCUCCCCAAAGGGUUCUGCAUCAAUGUAUUUGAGGAAGUAGUUGCCGAUUUACCCUACAAACUACCAUGUAGCUACCUUCCAUUUGAAGAUAGGAUUGGAGAGAGUAAUGGAACUAUUGAUGAACUUGUCUACAAAGUUUAUCUUAAGGAAUUUGAUGCGGUGAUAGGUGAUGUAACAAUCUUGGUUAACCGUUCUUUAUAUGCGGACUUCACUCUUCCUUAUACAGAGUCAGGGGUGCGCAUGCUGGUUCCAGUCCUAGACCGGAGAAAGAAAACAGCAUGGACAUUCCUAAAGCCUUUGAAAACUGACCUAUGGUUAGGAACUGGGGCUUUUGUUGUCUUCACUGGUUUUGUAGUAUGGUGUAUUGAGCGAAAUGAACAAUUCAAAGGUCACCCAGCCAGUCAAAUUGGAUCGGUCUUCUACUUUAUCUUCUCAACACUUGUGUUCGCUCAUAGGGAGGGGAUGGUUCACAACCUAUCAAGAAUUGUAGUAAUUGUUUGGCUUUUUGUGGUGCUGAUAUUGCAGCAGAGUUACACUGCAAGUUUAAGCUCAAUUCUGACAGUUGAACAACUUCAGCCAACAGUCACCAGUUUAGAAGAAGUUAUCAGUAAAGGGAGCCAUGUCGGCUACCUCAAUGGUUCAUUCUUGCCUGAGCUUUUGAGAAGUUUGAAAAUUGAUGAUUCAAAGAUGAUUGCCUUCGACUCUCCUGAGGAAUACAAUGAAGCCUUAUCAACUGGAAAAGUCGCCGUCAUUGUUGAUGAGAUACCAUACCUUAAGGUGUUCCUUAAAAACUAUUGCCACAACUACACUAUGAUUGGACCAACCUACAAGUUCGAUGGAUUUGGUUAUGCAUUCCCUCGAGGCUCUCCUCUCACACCUGAUAUUUCGAGGGGGAUACUGAAACUUGAAUCAAAUGGCAGAAUGGUGGAGCUACAAAAAGCUUUGUAUGGCGAUAAGUCAUGCCCAGACAAAGAUAACUUCCAAACUUCAAGCAGCCUUACAUUGCGCAGCUUUCAGGGGUUGUUCAUCAUCUCCGGGGCAUGUUCAGUUCUGGCAUUAACACUGCACGCUGUCAGAACCAUUUAUAGUAGUCCACAUGGAUCGAGCAGUGCAAGUACUCAGAGUUUAUGGCGUAGAUGGCUUGCCAUUCUAUCUAAGGUCUUCCACAAGGGUGGUAGUCCUUCUACUACUCCAGAUAAUGGUGAGCCCACAACGCCUAUUGAUAGUACAGGUGAUACAGGAAGCCCUCCCGAAGGAGAACAUGCUGAUGCAGGACCUUUGUCAUCUCCACCCAUGCGGGGUUACAGUGGAAGACACAUUUUGUCUACCAAUUGGAGUUCAAUGCGUCGGAGGCAGAUACAAUCUUGUAAUGAAAUACACGGUGACUUCAUUGCGGAACCGGAGGUAGAUAGAUAGUUGUGAAGGCUUGCUGUCUUAGCUCUAGAUUUAUGUUGAUGUUUAGUUCUUUUGAAUGCAUAGCUUUAUGCAACACAUUGCCACAUUGGCAACUAAUUAAAUUUCUGAAGAUCAAACAAUUAUCA